CUAAACCCAAAAAAAAAAUAGAACUAGCCCAAACCCUAAAGCAUGAUAAAUUGCAAAAUUCCCAAUUCAUAAUCCCUAAAAAAACAAACUUUAACAACAAAAAACCAAAACCCUCGUAUCUCUCUGUCUUUGUUCUCAUGGAAACCACUGGUUUGAUUCCUCACGUUGGUGAAAACUACACCCUCAAGCUGAAAAACACAAUGCAAGAAAUUCUAUCAGAACUUCCCAAAGAAUCCCCUGAAUUUUCUCAUUCCAGUGAUGCAUUACAUGAACUGAUGCAAACCAAAGUUGACCCACCUUUUGAUGUGAUAUGGGUCUAUUCUGCAAUCAAAUUUGGUUGCAGAAAAUCUCUUAAAGGUGAUAUCUUGGAACAAAUUUCAGCUGCAAAAGCACUUUUUCAGCUGAUUUCUGCUUGUUCAGCUUUUGUUGGUGGUUCAAAGAGUAUUGCUUUACUUGCUCCUGUUGUUUUUAUAAUACAUAGUGUUGUUAAGGGACUUUUUGAAGUGAAAAAGGAGAAGAAAGUAAUGAAGGAAGUGAAAUCUUUGGUUGAUAUGAUUCUUGGGUUUAUGAGUAUUUGUUGUAGUAAAAUUUCUGAAGAGAAAGAUUUGGAUUUGGUUUUGUCUUUGAAUGAUUUGGCUCGUCUUUGGGUCGUUGACGACGAUGAUGAUGAUGAUGAAACAAAUGAGGGGUUUGAAACUUUGUUGCCUCUUGUGAGUAGUGAUGUUUGUGGUUGGAUUUGUGGUAGAGAGUUUCAUGUUGGUUAUUUGGCUGGUGCUGUUAUGAUGGAAGUGUUUUUGCUUAAAUUGUGUUUGUUUUUUGAUAUGGGAAUGGAAAAGAGUGAAUUGGAAAUGUGCCUUAAGAGUUGGAGUGUUGGCUCAAUUUCUAGCUUUCAGAAUGUGUACUUUUUGGAGGUUCUUAUGAGGACAACAUUGGAGACAUCUUUGCCUCUGAACUCAAUAUUGAACUUUUAUGUUAAUCAUGGCCACAGCUCCGACACUCUUUGGAAUAUUCCCAUACGCGGGUUUGAAAUUCUACUUCUAUGAGGAAAUGAAGCGCCACGUCCCUGAGGAUUACAAGAAAAGCAUCAUGGCGAAACUGACAUGUGGAUCCGUGGCCGGUUUAUUGGGUCAGACAUUCACAUAUCCUCUUGAAGUUGUCAGGAGGCAAAUGCAGGUUCAAAACCUUGCGGCAUCUGAAGAAGCCGAAUUGAAAGGGACUAUGAGAUCCAUGGUUUUGAUUGCUCAAAAGCAAGGCUGGAAGACCCUGUUUUCAGGGCUGAGUAUCAAUUACAUAAAGGCGGGAAUAAUCAUAGAACAUUAAAGCAAUUCACACUAUAGGACCAUUCUGUGUAACUACGCAUUUUUUUUUUUGUUGCA